UCACAUGGCAGGCAGGGGAGUGGAUGCAGCCUGUAAUGCAAUUACAUAUGGAAGAUCUGAAAGCAAAUGCACUUCGACUGGAAUUUACCGGAUUGUGGAUGCACAGAAUCGUUUUAAUGAAUUGAUUCAGCGCGGACGGAUUUGUUCGAACUUGUUGUUGAUUAUUUUUUUUGUUGUUCUUCUUCUUUUUCCUCCUCAAACCUGACCCACGGUACAUGCACGGAGAGGGUUUUCCUGUAAAAACAGAACCGUUCCAGUCUGGUGGUCGGAAGGGAAUUGUGAAUAGUGAAACUCCGCCAUAUUCAGCUUUUUACCACGCCCGGGGUCGAGCGACUGGAGAGAGAGAGAGAGAGAGAGAGAGAAAUCGAGAGGAAAAACCUGACGAUUUCAAGGCUUUCUGGUUAUAUAAAUGAUUUAUUGGAGAGUCGGGAGGAUUACAGCACUUUGAAUUGUCACACAUGAGGAUUCAAAACGAUUCCAAUUAUAUCUAGAUUUAUAACAAGCUGUAAAAGAAAGAAAACAUCGUUUAGCAGCUAUGGAGUGUGGAAUCUGUUGAUUGUAAAGUGAGGCUAUACACACACACACACACACACACACACGUAUAUAUUUACAUUAUUUAUAUAUGCACGUGCGCAUUCUUGUCGCCUCAGGUAGGGGCUCGCGCUUGUGUUUUUUUUUUCUUUUUUCAAAGCGAUGAUAUCAACAAAAAUGAUAUAGAGAUAUAUAUAUAUAUAUAUUUGUUUAUGAAAUUGCGUCGACGUUUCAUGAAUCGCCUCACUUCUCCACCUCCUUUUUCUCCUCCUCCUCCUCUCCUGUUCUCCAGUCUGGACUACAGGAAAACUAGCCUUUACUACUACUUCUACUUCUUCUUCGUCGGCUUCUUCUUCUUCUUGAUCUCCACGUGCGCUUAAUUGUCAACACCCAGAUUUUCUGUGUGUAUAUCUCUCUCUCUUCAGUGGAAUGGAAUAGCUGAGAAACUUUUCAACAAACAAAGAAACAAAAACAGUGUCAUUUAUCGUUUCAUUUCGGAAAGAAACAUGACUCUGGACUCCGUCAUGGCGUGUUGCCUCAGUGAAGAGGCGAAGGAAGCGAGGCGGAUCAACGACGAGAUAGAGAGGCAGCUCCGCCGGGAUAAGAAGGACUCCCGCCGAGAGCUCAAGCUUCUCCUGCUCGGGACGGGCGAGAGCGGCAAGAGCACCUUCAUCAAGCAGAUGAGAAUCAUUCAUGGUUCGGGCUACUCGGAGGAGGACAAGAAAGGAUUCACCAAGCUGGUCUACCAGAACAUAUUCACAUCCGUUCAAUCCAUGAUCCGAGCCAUGGACACCCUGCAGAUUCCCUACAAAUACGAACACAACAAGGGAAAUGCAAAUAUCGUUCGAGAAGUGGACGUAGAGAAGGUUUCAGUGUUUAUAAAUCCAUACGUAGAUGCCAUUAAGAGUUUAUGGAAAGACCCGGGAAUCCAGGAGUGCUACGAUCGAAGGAGAGAAUACCAGCUCUCAGAUUCCACCAAAUACUACCUGAAUUCGUUGGACCGGAUUGCUGACUCGUCAUUUGUGCCCACGCAGCAGGAUGUACUGCGGGUCCGAGUGCCCACCACGGGCAUCAUCGAGUACCCUUUUGACCUGCAGAGCGUCAUAUUCAGAAUGGUGGACGUAGGUGGCCAGCGGUCAGAGAGACGCAAGUGGAUCCACUGCUUUGAAAACGUCACCUCCAUCAUGUUUCUGGUGGCGCUGAGCGAAUACGACCAAGUCCUGGUCGAGUCUGAUAAUGAGAAUCGAAUGGAGGAAAGCAAAGCGCUGUUCAGGACGAUCAUAACGUAUCCGUGGUUCCAGAAUUCUUCAGUCAUUUUGUUUUUGAACAAGAAGGACCUGCUGGAGGAGAAAAUCAUGUUUUCACAUCUAGUAGAUUACUUUCCUGAGUACGAUGGGCCCCAGAGAGACGCUCAGGCGGGGAGGGAGUUCAUCCUGAAGAUGUUUGUCGACCUGAAUCCCGACAGCGACAAAAUCAUCUAUUCGCACUUUACUUGCGCGACAGACACGGAAAACAUCCGCUUCGUCUUCGCCGCCGUCAAGGACACCAUCUUGCAGCUCAACCUGAAGGAGUACAACCUGGUGUAGACAAACAGAUGAACGAAGCAUGGCGUCUCUGCAGCUUGAGCUUAACUUUAAAAUGACACGCAGAAGUCCUCCGGGGCGGCGUUGAUUUUUCUUUUCUUGUUUUUUUUUUUUCUUCUUCCUUCGUCUCAGGCAAAUUGGAGACGGAUUUACCAUUUUGUCUUUGGACGAUAAUAUCAAUGAAUACAAACUGCUCACUACUGCGUAAUUUAUUUGCACCUCGGAGCUUGUUCACAGGGUCCGUCUCGAGUAAUGUUAUUCCAUUUUAAAGCGAAACGAUCCGUUUUAUGUUCGCCGUGCGGCUCGUUCAGGGGAGCCACAGAGGUUUCGUAACGAAAGCAUUUCGCUCUCCGUAUGAGAUUUAAGGAAUGUACAUAUUUGGUUAAUUACUGAUUUAAGAUGAUCGCUUUGCUCAGAUUAUCCAAUCAUCCAAUGAUUGAGAGGUUGCUAGAAAGUCAUUAAAAAUUUUUUUUUCCCCAUCGUAUUGAAGUACUUCAACUGGUGACCAUUUUCUGUUCAGAGUCUGAGGAGACAAGUUAGGUUCAGCGAGGGGCGGGGUUUACGCUAAAAAUAAGCCAUUUGUUGUCUUUAUGAUGAUUAACAGUGAAGGGUUAAGAGUUGAGUGGUAGUAUGCUACAAGUGCCACGUUUUGCUUUUAAAUAUGUUUCUUAUAUAUUGCCAAAGGAAUAUACGCUCCAUUAACAUUAGCCAUCCCUCUGUUUAAAAAAAGCAAAAAACACACACACUAUCUGUUUGUACUGUUUUACAGAUUUCUGAAUUGUUCUGGUAAAGUUGUCCAGCUCCACAGCUUGACUGUACUCUAUAGCUGUAAGUCCUCAGUAUUUCAUUAGCCAAAUUGUGUUGGUCUGUUUUCAUCUGCUGCCUGAUAUAUAAGGUGCCAUUUUUGCUCCCAAAAGUUCCCCAAAAACGGAGCGGAUCACUUCGGGUUCUCUUGGCAGCACUUUCAGUAUAUUCUUCUUAAUGAUGAAAUCAGGAUGUGCGAUCAGUGUUUUAAAGCAAGGCCAGUGUAAGGAACGAGGGCGGAUUUCUACAUCAUGUUUCCACCAAACCAAAGUUAGCUCGUCGUCCUUCCAAAACUUAAGACAAGGCGAUCUCAGUGCCGUCAUCAUUUUCCUCUCAUCCUAAAUGGUUUCGUACAAGCUUUCAUCGAUGAAGGGCGGCUGUUGUUGAAAAAAAUAAAUAAACGGCGGUAUUAGUGAUCUGUGAUGUUUGCCAUUGGAAUGUUCUGGAAAAUGAACCAUAAUGAAGUCCUUGUGUUUUUUUUUUUUGUUUGUUUGUUUGUUUGUUUGUUUGUUUUCCUCACCUAACGGGAUGUUGGUGUUUAAAUCAUUCCUAAAAUGACUCGAUUAAACUUCACUUGCUUGUAA